ACCUGUCAGGUAACUGUCACCAUACCUGUAUUAUCAGGAACUAGGCUCAACGACACGCAGUGACGGAUGUUCUAAAAUCUUACGCAAGAGAAAUGUUGGAACAAAUUCGGGUUUUCGAUAUUGUCGAUAACACAUAAGUUAAAGGAAAGCUGAAAAGGGCACCAUGAACUGGAUUCUACUUGCCUACAUACUUUUUGGAUGUCUAGUCUACGCAGAUAUAGUUUUGGACAGUUGCAGCCAAGAGUGUUUAGAUUUCAUCGAAUCCAUACACACAGAAGCCAGCACUAUUAUUCGAACGCGAACAGCUGGAGUAUGGCGUCUGACGAUUACAAUGAAACCUCGUACAGCGUAUACCGGUAGAUGGAAAUCUAUUCGUUUUCCUUACAAUAAGCAGCCGUAUAUCAGCAAUUUGGAGAUCCAAUGGCCAAUCAAUGCCUUUCCUGGACAGAUAAUCAUGUUUGAUGUAAGGUAUAUAAACCUUCAGAGUAGCUCAGAGUGCCAGGCGGACAGUGUACAACUCUACAACGGUGUCGACUAUACAGACAGUAGUACCAGUAUGGAUACUUUUUGUGGUACAUCCCGUAAAGCACGUUUCUACAACUCCACGGGAUCAACUACAUCCAUCAGGUUCAUAUCCAAUAGUGACGAUGCUGUAGGGACUGGCUUCAAGAUCAAGUAUCGGGCUAUAGCACAUCCCAUCCCAUUCUGCUUCCAUCAUUAUACAAACCAACAUAUCCUCACUGCCACAUCGGAAGCACAGGUGUUCCAAUCACGUGGUUACCCCACAUCAUACCCCAGUAACCUUCGAGAAGAAUGGCUUAUCGUUAAACCUAAGGCUAAUGACUCCCUUACCAUCACAGUUGUGGACGCUGACACCGAGUUUAGUGGAAACUGUGGUUACGACAGGGUGGCCAUAUAUGAUCGAAGCUGCCCAGAUAUUUCUGCAGUGCGGAUCUUUUGUGGAACAGCAACGCCGUCCGUGACGCUCUCGGGAGAUAAGUUUGCACUUGUCCGUUUUUAUGCAGACACCACAAACAAUGGACGAGGCAUUAUGGUUAAAUACUGGCUGGAAGGGAACACAGAUCCGACAGCAGGCGAUAGUGGUCUUGAUGAAGCGAGUUUGAAAUCUAUCAUCGUUGGCGUCAUCGUUGCUGUCGGAGGAUUCUGUGUUUCACUCGGUGUCAUUCGAUGGGCCAUGCGAUGUCAAGAGAGACGAAGACGAAAGGCUGGAGAUGUUCGACGACGCAGUAGUACAGGAAACGAAAGCGCCAAUCAGCCUGCAAGGGUGUCUAGGCGUCACCGACAGUCGGAGAAUGGCGGGAAUCCCUCAAUCACUGUCGUUGGUGUUUCUCAUGGAGGUCGGACACAAAGGGAUGGCCCACAUGGAAGAAAUUCCCUGACUGAUUUCACAGGCGUUGUAGUUCGACCCCCAUCAUACACCACGCUGUUUGAGUCCAGUCAGGGGCGUUCCGAACUCAUCCUUCAGCCUCCAGCGUACGAUGCAAAGUCGUAUGAACCACCGCCUUACCCCGGAAGCCCUGUCCCUCCACCUCCGAUUGAGGCGCCACCAAGAAUGAACCGACUGCUGCCAUCCGUCCAUGGAACAAGGGGAGGCAACCGGCGAAAUCAGAGAAGAACACAACAUACUACACGUAUCGUUGUUAAACCACAGGACGCCGAGAGGGAGGAAAUACAUUCUCCUCCACCGAGAUAUGAGGAAUGACCGAUAAGUUUUCAAAGAUAACACAUCUCAAUAAUCAAGCGUGAAGAAAUUUACGGAAAGAAAUAGCUAUCUUUGAGCUAAAAAUGUUCGGAAUGGUUUUUUUCUCUCUCCGUCAUAGCGUGAAUGAACAACGAUACUCUAACAUCAUUAUGUGCUUGUCUCCAAAGUUUUCCUUUAAUUUAAAUUUUGUUUUGGGUUUUUUUGUUUUUUUUAAUACGUGAAAUUUUACUUUGGUACGCAUCCUUUAUGUCAGAUCACAGACACCUGUGUUUGUGGAAAAGGGGACAUUUUCCUGAAUCAUUCAAUGUGAUAACACGGUGUUUGAAAAACACAUGAUUUAACUACUUAAUUAAGUAGAUUAAAUAUGUAAAGAAAAUGUAUAAGCUGCUAAGCUAAACAGAUUAUGUGUACUGAUUUUUGUUAAUGUAUGUCCGGCCAUUACGACAGAAAAGUGGUUUCGUUUUAGCACGUAUUAAAGAACAGAAAUCAAAUAUAAUUUUCCUCGACAAAGUUUUGAUUACACACUCUAUUAUCUGAGUUAAUACUGAUGAUACGAACCAUCCAAGUAUUGUUACAAAUAUUCAUGUACUGAGGCACCCUGGUAAACAGAAAGUCAAU